GGAACUUAUGUUACAGAGGUAAUAGUACCCGUGCUUAAAGCUUCACUAAAAAAUCUUCCAAUUGGAAAGUCUGGUUUUAUUACUACUGCGGAAAAAGAAAGUUUAGCCAGUAAGAACAGGAAAGGAAAAUAUGGAAAAAAACCAGAUAUUAUGUUUAUGUUAAAACAUAAAAAAAAGAAGUAUGAAUUGAUGUAUGGAGAAUGUUCUCGGUUGGUUUGUGAUGAACAAAAAGAAGAAAUGGACAGAACGAAGUUGUGGAGAGAGAUUAAUGAUGGGAUGUUUUGGGUGCACAAGGGGUGUUUACCAACCAAAGAGGAAUUUGGCAUUGUUGGUAUUCAGGUAGCAGGCGCUCGAUUAUACCUGAAUGUCCUCAUAAGAGAUAAGAACGAGAUACAUCGCCUUUACGAACUGCGAUCACCCACUAUUCCAGUGAAGCCUUCAAAUAGUGAUACAGUGUUUGACUUUGUAGAAACACUUUUAAUAUUACGGAACAUUUUACUUGUCAAUAGCUCUCUGAUAUUUAAUGCGAAGAAGAAAAAUAGAUCUCAGAGUUCAGAAAAUAGUUCAAGUGUAUCAACCCCUCCAC